AUGAAUCUAUCAAUCUAUCUAUUCUAUAUUAAAUUUAUUCAUAUUAUUUAUCUAUCUAUAAAUUAUAUAUCUAUCUAUCUAUAUACUGUUCGAUUUUAUUUUGCUAUCUAUCUAUCUAUUAUCUAUCUAUCUAAUAUAAUUCACUUUAAGAUGAAUUCAUCUAUCUAUCUAUCUAUGAAAGAAAAUCAUAAUUCAAUUUUGGCUUUUCAGGAAAUAUAUUUGAUUAUUUCUUUCCUUCGUGUAUUUCACCUCAUUCCUGUUCAGUUUCUUUCUUUCUUUCUUUCUUUCUUUCUUUCUUUCUUUCUUUCUUUCUUUCUUUCUUCAGUGUUUUUCUUCCAUUCAUUUUCAUGUGAUUCUGGUUUCUUUCCCUCUUUCUUUCUUUCUUUCUUUCUUUCUUUCUUUCUUUCUUUCUUUCUUUCUUCUGUUUAUUCUGAAAAAUGUACCGUCAGUGUUUUUCUUCCAUUCUUUCUCACGUGCUUUUGCUUCUUGCCAUUAAUUCUUUCUUUCUUUCUUUCUUUCUUUCUUUCUUUCUUUCUUUCUUUUUCUUUCUUUCUUUCCGCUUUUUACAAGAGUUUUUUUUUUCCUUUUCAUUCGUUCAUCCCUUUUUUCUCUCUUUCUUUUUCUUAUUCUUUAAUUCUUUCUUCAAUAUUCCUUUUUUUACCUUAUUUUAUUAGUCCAUUUUUUCUUUCUCUUAUUUAUUUCCUUGUUUCUUUCAUUUAUUCCUGA